CAGCUUGAUCCUGAAAAGUCAGUCGCCGACUGAUUUGUGUCGUCGCAAGGUCGACCUGAGGCCGGCUUUACGUUUAAAAGCGAUAUAAAAGGUGAGGUCAUUGAUGUUUGCUAGAAAUCUUGCUGAGACCUGAAAUCAUCACGUAGUUCAAGUUGUGAGUUAGGGAAGGUUGAAAGGGUUUCGGGAAUGAUGAAUGGUACAUUGCACAACGUGCACGCAAUGAGCAGUGACCUUUGUAUUGGAGAUACAAUGUCAAAAAACGUGUAUGAUAACUUGUGAGCUUAGCACACGGCCACACGUACACAACGAGCGUGCACAAAACAACAUUGGCAAUUGAAGAAUACGUCUAGGUCUAGAAAUGGAAAUGCAUUCCAAAUUUAUUUGCCUCUUAAUAUGUCUGGCUCUGUCAGUUGCAUGGGCAUCAAGUGAUCAGGACCCACCGGUGGUUACGACGAGGCUGGGCCGUAUCGUAGGCACUCGGCUGCAGUUUAACCCCGCCGCGCGGCCGGAGCUUCGCCGUAGCGUGGACGCUUACCUCGGUAUACCGUACGCCGAGCCGCCUGUCGGUACGUUACGCUUCAAGCCUCCCGUGGCCAAGUCACCGUGGAGCGGGGAGCUGCAAGCGACAGAGGUGGGCAAUCGAUGCCCUCAGCCGCUGAUGCCGAUGGGAAAUAAUGUCACCCUGGGAGGCAAUAUAGCUGAGGAUUGCCUCUCUGUCGACGUGUUCGUUCCUCAACCAGUUCCACAGAAAGCGGCUGUUCUUGUGUACAUCCACGGCGGCGGAUUCUUAGUUGGGGCCGGAUCCAUAGAUGGGUUCUAUGCCACCCCAACCGCGGCGAUUGGUGACGUCAUCGCUGUGGCCUUAAACUACCGGAUUGGAGCUUUGGGAUUUCUCUCCACCGGUGAUGACGUCAUUCCAGGCAACAUGGGUCUGUUAGAUCAACAGCUUGCCUUGCAAUGGAUCAGAGAUAACAUUCAAGCUUUUGGCGGUGAUCCAGAGCGAGUAGCCAUUUUUGGAGAGAGUGUCGGUGCGUCGAGCGUGGGAGCGCACAUGUUGUCUCCAGGAAGCGCCGGCCUCUUCCGCGCUACAAUCAUGGAGAGUGGCGAUGCUUCGGCACUGUGGAGCAUAGUACCGUCAGACGAGGCCCGUAAGCGGGCCUUCAUGCUAGGCAAGCUGCUCGAUUGUCAAACAGAUUCAUCCGAUGAUUUACUGAAAUGCUUGCAGAACAUGGAGUUUAACGCCAUCAUCGAUAAUCAGUUUGAAAAGAUGCUUCAAGAGCUAGGUGCAGCACCCAUGACCCUCUACGGGCCCGUGGUCGACGGGAGGUUCCUUCUUGACAAGCCCAUCAACCUGUACGCAGAGGGCGUCAUCAACGAUGCCGUUUCCAUCCUAGGCUCAAAUUCAAACGAGGGGAUGGUGAUGAUCAAGCCCGUCUACCCUAACAACACCGACCAAGCACCCUUUGUGGACAGCGCCACGUUCGAUGCGUUCAUGCAGCCCUGGAUGGCGAUGCUGAGCUCCGACCCUGUCGUCGCCGAAGCGGUCAAGCUCAUGUACGGCAACUUCUCUUGUCACGCAGACCCUUCAGGCUGCGACUACCUGGCCGGCCUCUCGCAGGCUCUGGGGGACAUCAUGUUCGUCUGUCCCCAAGACAGGACCGCGAGGGCUUUCACCGAGGCCGGACGUAAGGUGUAUCGUUACCACAUGACCCAUGCCCCAACCAGCCCCUUCCUGGGCAACAACUGGACGGGGUGUACUCACGGCGAUGACCUGCUGUUCGUCUUCGGUGUUCCCCUCACACCUUCCCAUGGCCAAAGCUUUGCCCAAGAGGAGGUUGAUAUGGCAAUCAAGACUAUUAAUUACUGGGCCAAUCUAGCUAAGACAGGCAAUCCCAACCUUUCUUCCCUGGAUGACGAGCCGACAGACGGUGAGAAGGAGACAGAGUGGCCGGUGUUUAGUCUCCAGGAACUCGCCUACAAAGACCUGUCACCGGCCAUGCCGAAUGGACGUGGUAUCAAGGCUAAGGAAUGCCGCGUGUGGAACGAAUUCAUACCAAAACUUGUCCAAUUGGCAGAGGAAGCCAAGAAUUGGCGGGAAGUAUCGGCGUCGGUACAGAAAAUGAACAAAGACGGGGGCUCAAGCGACGAGACAUGCACGAAAGAAAGCUGUCCCGAGGAAUAGAGGAAAACAGCUGUCUUGGAGGCGUGCCUUUCGAGGGGUUUUGUCGGGCCCUGAGGACUAACCUACGGUCGUCUUUGUACUCUCAUUGACUCACUGACCGAAUGUCACUUGUUAAUCAGACUUGCUUGCUCUAAGCUUCACCUUGGCCAAAACAUUUCACUCAGAUGUCAUUUGAGUGAACCUGUUUUGGCCAAGGUGAAGCUUACAGCAAGUCUGAUUAACUACCAAUUACUAGUAGUAGUAGACCCCUUAGAUCAAAUCUGGUCUGGGACUAGCUGGACUAGGCUCGCCUUUAUUAUUUGUUUAAUGCGCCAGCACCUAAACCGGUAUUAGUAGUUGCACCCUCCCCACUUUAACCGCUUUUACGAACGAAACAAUUGAUGUAUAUUUUCUUUUCAGAUUUACCGGUACUCAUUUUGCACACAUAUAGCACCCAAGGACCUGAACCUGAAAACGCCAAUGAAAGAAAAGUCAAAGACGCGGCAAGCAUUAUCGAUAGACAUAAUACACUGCGCAGACGGAACACGUGCAUCAAACUUUGAAUGUAUUGCGUAUUAGACUGCUCAGGCCAAAUUCACAAAAAAAGAUUGACAUAAGUUUGGAUUAAUGUUGUAGUAUCUUGUAAUUUCUGUUUUCCCCACCCUCCAAAUUAUGAAAGGUGUCCCCGCCCCUAGGGAAAAAGUUUGUCCAAAAUUGUGUUCCAACAUAAUACAAAUAAUUCUAAACUCCAGUUUUUCAUCUGAUUCAAAAAGUCUUGAUGAAUGACUCUUCUUUUGGGUUUAUUUCGCCAACUUUUCCAAAUGGACGUCUCGCCCACAAAAAGGUCGGAGUAAAAUGGUUAUCUAACUGCACGUUCUUCAUUUUAGCCCAAAAAACAAUACUCCGAAAACAACCUUCUGGAGUAGGUAAAAUGGCAUGAACUGGAUCUGGGUUCUAUAGUGUUUCAUUAAUAAUCCCUGAAAUUGUCAUACCCCUGAAAUAUGGAGUUGAUAUCUGACUGGCCGAAAACGGAGAUUUGCCCGUCGAACACUUUCUCAAAAGCAGGAGUCUGUAUGUGGAUCCUCGGCCGAACACGUACACACGGUCAAAAAGGUCGCGUUUUUUUUUCCAACGAACGUAUGUAAAAACCCGAAUGCGUUUUGGAGGAUCGAGUGCAUUUUCAUGUCGAAUGUAAUGUACUAAUUCAAAACCAGCGAAUGUUUUAUGUCGGAACAAAAUGCAUUCGAUGCUUGGAGAUGUACGUUCGGGUUUCAAACGCAUUCCAUUUUGAAAAUGCAUUGAUUCGUAAAGUUGUACGUUCGAUUUUUAAAAUUGCAUUCCGUUUUGGAAAAUUCACUCGAUUCGUAAGGAUGUAAGUUUAGUUUUUCAAAAUACACCUUGUUUUUGAAAAUGCAUUCGGGCUGUAAACAUACACCUUUAAAUAAAUUGCCUUUUAGAAAACGCAUUCCGUUCAUUAAAACACACGUUAGAUCUUUACUCAUUCCAGUUUCAUAAAUAAUUCCGUUGUUCAAAAUAUGCGUUUCAAUUUUUUUUAUUCUAAUUCUGAAAAGAAAAAUGAAAAGCUGAUUAAAUAAUUUGAUGUCGUUUGAAAUAGGUUUUCUUCAUAAUCUUUUGCCCAUAGAAUAAUGCUAGCUAGUAUAGGAACGGUGCAUACAUUAUGCCCCAAACAAAACUGCAGCUUUAAAUACAACGGUCGCGAAUUAUUCAUUUGAUAUAAAACUGAAUUGAUUAUAACUAUUUGGGUUGUGCACCUGAAUUGUAUAAGUACAUGUGAAAUACAGCGGUGGUUUAUUGUUAUGAAUUAUAAUAAAACUGAAUAAUGCAUGGCGUAAAACGCAGUGUUAUAAUUUGGCAUUUUUAUAAAUGAUGAAUUUUAAAUUCAGGGUGGACUUCGUUCGACCUUGUGCGAUUAUGAAUUAUUGCUUGUGUUUUUUGUGUAAUGACGAUCUAUCCUAAACUGACCCAUAAUAAAAAAGGAAAGUUAAGGCCAAAAAAAAAAAGUCUCCGGUUUCUGGUAUGCGCGCGCGUCGCCGUAGC